AUGUUACAUAACGGAUCUUGCCCUGCAGCACAAAAACUUCCUCACCACCUCCCGCUAAACCCGGUCAGACCGCCUGGUGCUGUCACCGACUCCAUACGAUUAGCAGGCAGUCUACGUCCGGACAAAGGUACUCAGGGAAUGUUGUCUAAAGAAGGCAAACUCAUCCUAGCCUUGGAUUUUCUGACCAUAGGGAUCCCCACUGUUAAGCGGGACGAAAACGCCUCGUAUCUGACCACCACUCUAGACUCUCUGAUCAGUCACACGACAGAGGCCGAACGCAAACAGAUCGUCAUCGUGGUCUUCCUGGCAGACUUCGACACAGACUACAACAGGGAACUUUCCACGGAACUUUCCCGCAGGUAUUCUCAGCAUCUCAGCAGCGGGUUCAUGCAAGUCAUCCAGGCCCCGCGGUCGUUUUAUCCAAGUUUCGAAAAUUUGAAAACUAAGUUUAAAGACAGUCCUGAACGCGUGCGCUGGCGAUCCAAACAGUGCGUGGACUACGCGUUCUUGUUCCAAUACUGCCGAAACUUGUCCGAAUAUUAUAUGCAACUGGAAGAUGAUGUUAUUUCCGCCCAGAACUUCUUGACAGGGAUAAAAGAAUACUUGGAAAGAAUGAAGUCUUCUGACUGGACGGUGCUCGAGUUUUCUGGACUCGGUUUUAUCGGAAAGUUGUUCAGAUCCUCGGAUCUCCAGCGUCUGGCCGAUCUUAUUAUGCUGUUCUACCAGGAGUCGCCGGUGGAUGUCUUGUUUUUCUCGUUCCUGCACAUCGUGCAAGCGUCCGGGAAGAAAUUCAUACACCAGCCGUCCCUCUUCCAGCACGUUGGCUUACACUCAUCACUGGCGGGAAAGAUACAAAAACUUACCGACAAGGGGUUCGUUGGCUCGACGACACCGAAGAGAACGUACACGGACUCUGACAACCCACCAGCGGUGGUGAGCGCGAACAUGACCGCUUACAGGGAGUUCCAGCCGCAGCUUGCCUACGGCCCAGAGAUAGGAUACUUCUGGGCAGAAGCGCCGAAGGUCGGACAAGUUUUCGUCGUUCUUUUUGAGAAACCAGCGAGACUUUCCAGGGUCGUUAUAGAAACCGGCUCUGAAGAACAUCCAAAGGACAUCAUAGAGAAGGGGACUCUGGAAGUCAGUCCGCGACUUUUGUCUGUGAACCAGCAGGACAACACGCCGAACUGUGCCGACUACGUCAAACUCGGAGACGUCGAAAACGGAAGAUUUGAAGUGGCGACUCAGGGCACGGAAGGACUGGGGUCAGUUGAGGUGAAGUGUCUGAAGGUGACGGUCACGGGGGAGCAGAAGAUGUGGGUACUGGUGAGGGAAAUCGCCGUCUGGACGGUCAAGAAAUAAAGCACCGUCGGUGGCAUGGCAGGAUUUGAACUCGGGACCUCCUGGUUCCGGGCCAAGCACUCUGCCGUUACGCCACUCGGUCUGUGAUUUUAGGACGUAGCUAGGUACCUCGACCGAAUGUCGGUGUGGUCUCGUUCUAGAAUAUGGACACGUUGUUCGGUCAUCACCGCUCGCCUACCCGGAUAGGCACUGCCCUAAAACCACGUUUCUGUGGACUACCUCUGACAUAGCAAUCGACAUUUCGUAGUAGUCAGCUGCUGAUCCCAACAAGAGCAGGAGUGAGUGAGUUCCUUCUUGUGUUUGUACAAAGUUUAAACUCUACAACUUUGUAUUCUACCAACACAGACGAGCUUUCUUCAUUCGAAGAGCUGCGGGGUUGUGUCACGCCAUGCGCUGUUAUACACGGACGCUAGGUGACGCUUCUGUAACGUCUCUUAUCCAUUGCCCAUCCAUAGUGUGCGCCUUUAGUUACGAAACAAUAGGUUAUUAAGACGUCACCAGCACAUUGACUCUACGCCAUGUAAAAUAUUGCGAACAACCACUAGACCCAUAUAAGGGACCAUACAAAAAUACGCUGGGUGAUCCUUAUGUAGAGGUGGUCUCUAGUACAGAAAAUCAACCAGAACUCCCGUGGCGCUCGUAUUCUUCGCGCAAGGCUUGAGAAAAGUGAAAUUUCCACCAGAAUACCUUACGAUUUUACGCUACCUUCCUGGGAAGUAGCCUCCAAUGCAGGCUCCACAGGGCCCUUUUUAUACCCAUUUGGCUUGGAGUCUGUUCUUCUAUUGCCAGUACAAGAAAUUCACACACAAAAAACUAAAUGUUUUACUGAGGUAUGAAAUCUCAACAACAUUUAAUGGAAAAUGUAUGACAGCAUCGUGAAGACUAGUAAAGAUUUUA